CAGCCUUCCCAAAAGCGUUUCGUCAUCAAGCAGAAGCUUGCCAAGAAGGCUCGUCAGAACCGGCCCAUUCCCCAAUGGUUCCGUUUGAAGACAGACGGUGCCAUCCAAUAUAACGCCAAGCGUCGCCACUGGCGCCGGACGAAGCUCAACCUCUAA